GUAGAGUACAAGUGCACUGGGCGAUCGGUGCUGGGAAGUUAGGGGAGUGUCAGCUGGAGGAUGAUAAACUCAAUGGGACUCUCUAUUUUUAACCUCCUGUUCUUUCCUCCUGCUCGUGUCAUCAGGGCUGGCUGAGCCUUCUCCUCAAUGAUUUCAAAUAUCCCUGGUCACUACUUUUACAAGUGGUCGUGGUAGAGAGGAAGGGGGCCUUUAAAUCUCAGAUCUUUACUGGAGAGUUUGCAGGUUUUCUCUUUGGGACAUCAUGUCUGGCGAAGGGAAUCCAACCGGACAGCUAUCAACGACCACCGUCAGUUCCGUGGCCAUCCAAGCCGGGGAAUGUAGAGUUGUGAUUGCUAUUCUCAAGAGUGGAGAACUAGUCCAGUUGCAGGUGGGAGAAGCUGUACCAAAUUUACUAGAGAUUGGGGAAAGCCACGAUGAAGCCAAGAAACUGCUUCAAGACCACAGUGCACUUCUCUACAAAAUCAAGGCUUUGGAAGACCAUGUAUGGGAUUUGUUAUAUGAAGCAGACAAGAUAGCAGAACAAAAUAAAGACCAAAGCCAAGUAUAUGACGCUAUGGCACUGACCCUAAAGGAGGCAUGGGACGCCCUCAUCCUCGUGCUUGAGAGAAGGAGAGAUUUAUUGCAGAUGGCGGCCGGGUUCUUUGGUAUUGCACUACAGUUUUCUGAUGCCAUUAAUACUGCAGAGACUUUUCUUCAGAACACGCCAGAUACUGUUGAUUCUACUGUAAAAUAUCUCGAGCAGCUUCAACAGCAUACAAAGGCUCUCCUGGCACAGUCUUUGGCCUUGCUAAAUAAAAGCCAGGAACUGACUGAAUUCAUACAGCAAUGUAAAGCUCACCGGCCAGUGGCAAGUUGUGACACCAUGAAAGGAGCCCGGAGCAGCUGCUCCAAAGUGGAAGGACUACUGGAAUCUCUACAAGACAGGAGGCGGCAGCUGGACAGGCAGAUGAGACAACACCGACAAAGACUGGAGCAGGUCCUGAGCGUUAGUCAGUGGCACCAGCAGGAGGACAAGGUUACUGGCUGGCUGAGGAAGCAUAUAGACUUAUAUCUAACAGAUGUUCAGCUCGGGGCAUCACUGACAGAAAAUGAGGAGCUGUUUCACAAGCACAAACAGCUUGAACUUAACUCCAAGGAGCAGACUUCAACUUUCCAAAAGCUAAAUGCCGAGGCUGAUCAUCUGUCAGCCAUGAAGGACUGCCCAGAUAUAGAAAAGCUAAACAAUUCUUAUGAAAAAUUGAAUGCACUUCAUGCAGAAUACUGGAAACGGAUGGACCGGAGACAAGCUCUAUUACUGGAAGCCAAUCACUUCUUUAAAUGCGUUAACAAGGCUUUUGACAAGCUUGGAAGCAUGGAGUCUUACCUGAAACAGCAGAAGACGCGAACUCUUAGUGAGCUUGAACUCGCAACAAAGCAAAGGGAAGCUGAAGCUGAGAUCCAGAGGUGUACUUCUGAGGCUUUCCACAAGGGGCAGGCUCUUUUCAAGAAAUCACCUUUCAGCCCUGGGAUGACUGGAAUUCAGGAAAUGAUUGGAUACCUUCAGAAAAGAGUAGAUCAGCUACUCGGCCAGUGCCCUGUACCUGUGGAAAAUUCCCUCAAGCAACAGGAGAUUAUGGCGUCAUUAGAGGAUCAUCUUAGAAAGAUAUCUGCAUGGAUACAGAAUAUAAAUGCAGAUUUGGAAAGACUCAGCAAUCCAGACAGUAUCGGUGAAUGUGAGGACGUGCGGUAUAAACUUGGAGAACUGGUUAAACAAACGAAGGAAGCAUCUAAAUGUAUGGCAUCUACGGCACAACUCAUUAGGGAGGUAACACAGACGGGACCCUCAGGAGGUGAAGCGUUUUCUGGCCAGUCACGAGUUCUGGAUGAAGAACUGAAAGCUCUGGAUCAGAGCAUUGAUGAAAAACUAGACGUUGUAAAUGUCUACAUUGCUUUUAUCAAGUCUUCAGAACAGCUGGAUUCCCACAUCCAACACCUAAAAGAAGAAUAUACACCAAAGCCAGAUGAAGUAUCCACAGCCACGCUGGAGACAGCAGACAGGCAGAUUCAGAGCGUCCUGGAUGAGCUUUUCUCUGUUCAAGAUAUGGGACAAAAUUGUUUGAAUAUUAUAAAAAUGAUGAACAAGAACACGAUUCUGAAGGACAAACACGUCCAAAAGGUGGAGAAGACAAUGGCCUAUUUAAAUAAGGAAAAAGCUGAGAUAACAAACUUGUGGUCAACCUGGAGACAACAUGUCAAUCAAAUAAACUCUUCUAAGCACCAAUGGAGAACUAUUAAAGAUCAGCUGAAAUUGGCUAAUAGCAGAUUACAGGAACUGGAGAAGGAUCUUCAGCCUCUGUCUUCACUGAUUCAAGGAAAUGACACCCAAAAUAUUGUAAAUGCACAAGAAAAUCUGUAUAACAUCAAGGCAAAGUUCCAGAAACUCAAUGAUGAAAUGGAGCAAGCUGUAAAGAUCUCCGAGCUUCUCACUCGAGAAGGAAUGAAUGUAAAAACAGGGAAGGUUCAAGACCUUGCACAGUAUCAGCAAAGAUUGAAGGACACUAUCAUGGAAUAUGAAGAAUUUUUUAUCAAAAUUGUGUCAUUUCAUAGAAUGAAGGCAGAACUGAAUAUUCUAAAGACAGAGUUGGAGCAAUCGACACGUACCUGUGCCAUGCCUGAUAACCAGCCAGUAAAAAAGCAGGAGCAGCAAGCAAAUAUACAGAGUUUAUAUAACAUCAUCCUUAACUUGGGAGCGCAAAUCAUUUCUACAGCCCAACAUUUUAAGUACAUUACUAUAUCCUUACAUGACCUUCAGCACCAAAUUAAGGACUUGGAACAUGAUGGCAUGACCUGGAAUGCCAAUGUUAAAAACCUGGAAGAAAAUGUAUCAGGCAAUCUACACGGCAUAUCCCUAGAGGAGGUCAAUGAGCUGAAAGAGUCAUUUAAGGAUCUGAAGAAAAAAUUUAAUAACUUGAAAUUCAACUAUACAAAAAAAGCCGAUAAAGGACGGAAUCUGAAAGUAAUUAAGAACCAGAUACAGCAAGUUGAAAUGUAUGCAGAGAAAAUUCAGGCUUUAAAGAAGAAAAUUGAUAAUUUAGAAAGGAAGAUGUCAACAAGUAAUGUUUCUCAGCAAAUGAACAAAGAAGAUAUUGUUCAGCAGUCAAUUAGUGAUCUGCAGAUGCAUAUGAAUGAAUUUAGUGGCGUGGUGAAAGAUUAUAAAGUGUACCUUGAAAUGGCUGAAGACCUACAACAUUUAAUGGAGGAGAGUCACUUUUGGUGUGAAGAAGCUUGUGCCACAGUGGUCAGAGUGGGACGUUAUUCUGCAGAAUGUAAAACAAAGGAAUCCAUAGAGGUUCUCCUGAAGCAGUUUAACAAGUUUGUGGAACCCACUGUCCCACAACAAGAAGAAAGAAUCCAGCAAAUGACUAAUAUUGCAAAGCACCUUUAUGGAGCAGACGAUGGAAUGAAAUAUGUUGAGAAGACUUUGCUAAAACACAAGGAAGCCCUCAUCUCUGUGAAUGAUUUAUGUACCUAUUUAAAGGAACUAGAAGAGAAAUUGCAGGAGCCUCAGAAAGUGCCUGUAAUUUCCAGAAGCGGUGAAACUGGAGAAACGGUUGAUCUGCCAGUAACUUCCAAAGACGGUAGUAUGCAAGCAGAUACAGACUUUCAGCCUGAAAUGCUAGCAGAAGAAGCUGUAUCGGGGGAUGAAUAUGAAUGCAUAUCCCCUGAUGACAUCUCCUUGCCUCCGCUUGCUGAGACUCCUGAAUCCAACCUCCCCCAGUCAGAGACAGAGCAGGAUGAACAACCUUGCUACAGCUCACACAGCAUGCAUGUCAGCUCCUACAGCAUGCAAAUGCACAUAAACACAAGUGGCAAAAGGGCAACGGACAGUUUUGAUUUCUUAACACCUGCCGCUUACACUGAUCUGCCAAAAAAGGAAAAGACUUCUAGUUACACAGAGAGAUUCUAUUCACCCACUGUUGGAUGUAAAGUAGAGUCUCCUUUCUCCCACCAUUCGACAAUAGUCAAUGAAACCCGCUAUUCUCUAAGCACUUCCCCUGCCAGAACAAAACCCAUUCACCACAUGUUGAACGAGAUGCAUGAAACUCAUUUGCAGAGAUGUUCUGUUUACGAAAACACGGAAAAAACUGAACAAUUGCAUGCCUCAGAUAACACUGCUAGAACUAUAGAUAGGGCGCAUGCUACCCCAGAUGAAUUCUCUGGUCUCGUGCUUCAGUUAGACCCUGCCACAAGCUGCCAGAGGCAUAUGAUUACCCAAGAGGCGAUUAGAAGUGUUUCAGAAAAACACAACAGUGUUAGUCUAGCAGGUCAAAGUCCUGCCUUCUCCAAGCAGCUGAAUAAUGUAACAGUUAAGGAAGGUUCUCCAGUUACUUUGGAAGUAGAAGUUACUGGAUAUCCGGAGCCUACUCUAACAUGCACUCAAGGUUUAAAAAUCAACAAGGGGGACAUACACCAUGUAUAGAUCAGGAGUACUUCAUGACACCGGAGAUGACUUCCAGAUAAAGUACAGAAAGAAUAAGGGACAUUCUACAGGUUAUGAGCUUGUCGACCAGGAAAAGCAACACAAUAUGCAGGAGGUGUCGAAGGAGGAAACUGGCCAAUUAAUAGCUUGCACCUCAGUCCAUAAAGCAUCCAUCACUUCCAUCAGUGAUGCCAAGCUGGCAGAAAGGCGACUACAAUGGGUUUCAGAUGUUGAUUGGAUAACACUGGUUGUCAUCUAUAUCUGUGUGUCAGUCGUGUAUUGGUUAUUGUGUUAGCAUGUGCACUGCUUGACAAUCAUUUUAGAAACUUUUUUUUAUUUUUAUCAAACUCUAUUAAAGGGAGUCUGUCACCGAUAUAUGACCAUAUACAGCACUUACAUGGCGCUGUAGCACGCCUAUACAGGAUUCUAAUGGUAACUUUGUUAUUUUCUUUAGACAUCCAGAAGCAGGAAAAACGACGUUUAUUUCAUAUGCAAAUGAGCACUCGCAAGUGCCCAGGGGCGGUGUUCCGUAUGUAGGUGCCCAGGCUGCUCUGCCUUUUUAACCGUGCAAUGCCCAUUUUGGGUACGGCAUCAAUUCAGCUAGUGCGCCAGCCGGUGAAGCAGUGCGCAGGCGCGGGAUC